AUGGCACUCCAACUCAACGCUGAGCUCCAGUCCAAAAAGCACCGGGCGCUCUUUGACAUCAUUGACAAGCUCCGCUCCCACGGCAUUGGACAAGUCGUCGACCUCCCCGAGAUCAUCGUCUGCGGAGAUCAAUCGGCCGGCAAGAGCUCAGUGCUUGAGGCUAUUUCAGGUCACACAUUUCCCACCAGGGAUGGUCUUUGCACCCGAUUCGUGACCGAGCUGGUCCUCCGCUGGGAUCAUAUCGACAAGUUUAAAAUAUCCAUCAAGCCCGGCCCCGAGCGUACUGCCGAAGAUGCCGCCAGACUGCGAGACUUUUGCGACUCUUUUGCACCCAACAUUCCUCUGGAUAAGGUUAUCGAGGCUGCCAAGGAUGCAAUGGGCCUCGGCACUUCCAAGCGAUUCAGCACCGACGUCGCAUUGAAGAGCAUCAUCGACCAAGUCAGCGAUCUCGCCAUCGAGCGCCAGUUAAUCUGUUUUCUGCCCUCGCUCUUUACCGCGGAGAUAAUUUACGAUCUCACGGACGACCAAAUGUCUGCUCUGGCUGCCGAGGACGCGCAAACAGCCGAAAAGCGAAUCCGGUGCAGUGAACUGCUUUCUACCCUCCAUGCAAGUAUGGAGCUGAAGCCACUUCAGGGUCACCGGACCGCUGCUUACAAAGUUGUAAAUUCCAGAUGA